GCAUCCUAAGUUGAUAUAAGUCCAUGUGCCAGUAAAUUGGGAGUGAAACAGGGAGCGGGGAAGUGAAAAGAUUGGGAAAUCGGGAGCGAACCGGCUUCUUCUAUUAUGGGAAUGUUUACAAGCCAGAUCUGUGGUCUUAUCGAUUCCUACGGCGGUCGAGAUGUCCUGAUGGAGGCGCUGUGCCAAAGUGCCAAGUUGGUGGCAGGAUACCAAGCCAAGCGGAAUCCAGACCUGGCCCAAAGGUGCGCCACCGUUAGCUCGAAAAUCUCGGCAGCCAGGUCCACUCUGCGGCUGAUCGACGACCUGCCCGUUAUCCAGUACACCCUGGAGUACGGCUUGGGCGACGAUGAGCCGGAUCGUAUAACGGCCGUACUGGGAGUGAUGUCCAACGCGGUGGACGUGCUCUUCUAUCCCAUCGAAACUAUCUGCUGGCUGGCCGAGCAUAAGGUUCUGGAUGUGAGAAACAAGGCUGUCUGGAGCUAUGUCAGCUCCAUAUUCAGUGUGCUCUCUGCGUAUCUGAGCCUUGUAAGGACAUUGCGGACUUUUUCCCAAAAUCGGGACAAGCUGAACAGCCAGGAUGCGGUGUCCCUCGCUCGCAUCUCCCUCGAUCUUGUCCAAAACAGUCGUCUACGUACUUUUUGGUACGCUAAUUUGGCUGUUGUAUUUUUAUACCGUCCUUAUUAGAAAUUGUUUAGUUAUCAAUUUUUAGUAAAUAAUA